AGUUUUUCCCCUUUUUUAAAUUCUCAACGCUUCGCGACACGGACGCCGCAACACGCAAACAACACGCGCGGCGAAUCAUCUGGCCUGGGCUUUUUCGUUCUCGCCCUCUUCCUGAUUCCCUUGGAGAUCCCCGCGCUCUUCGGAGAAACACACGAACAAAACAGCGGUAUCUCUUUCCCUCUCACACACACGCACACGCACGCACAUACCCGCCAUCGUUGUCUCACCGCACAUCAUGCAGUUUGCAGAAGCGGUGAAGUGCAUUGGGAGGGACUCCCUCUGCUUCCACCCGGAGCUCAACGCCUUCGUCAGCUACCCGGCGCUGAUCGGCGGCCACCUCGGCUACCUCGUCGUCGUGUCUCUUCUGCGCCGCUUCAUGGCGAACCGCCUGCCCUACUCGCUCAAGACCCCGAUGCUCAUCUACAACACCGCGCAGGUCCUCGCGUCUCUCACGAUGGCGGUCAACCUCGGCCAGUUCCUCCGCUUCGAUGUCUUCAACCUGAACGGCCGCUUCACCGGCACGAUUGAGUUCUGGGUCUUUGUGCACUACGCCACGAAGUUCCUGGAUAUGUUCGACACCUUCUUUAUGGUGCUGCGCAAGAAGGAGGAGCAGCUCUCCUUCCUCCACGUCUACCACCACCUGACCAUUGGCUUCAUUUGGGGCCUCCUGCUGCACCACGGUAUCGCGAACGGCACCGCCUUCUUCGGGGCGUGGAUCAACUCCGCCGUGCACGCCCUCAUGUACUUCCACUACCUCUACACCUCUCUCGGCUACACGAACCCGCUGAAGAAGUACCUGACGCAGGUGCAGAUGGUUCAGUUUGCCCUGUGCAUCCUCCAUGCCGUUCUCGCGGUGGUGUACGACCGGCAAAUCCCGAAGCCCUGGGCGGUGCUGCAGCUGUGCUACCACAUGACGCUGCUGUACCUGUUUAUGCAGUUCUACCGCAAAGGCAUGCGUAAGGCGGUGAAGAAAGCGAAGGCGUAG